GUAACCUAAUGGUUGCAUUUCAAGAAGCAUCCUCUGCCACUUAUAGCAUUGUCAAGUAUGAUAUACUGUCCAAGAGUCGUUUUGAUCACAGUCCGGAUGAGGACCAUAUAGAUGAUGUGAAUGCAAUGAGUUGCUGUGCACGUAUGCGAAUUACAGCAUCAGCCAGCAGUGAUGGCACUGUCAGAAUAUGGAAUGAAGCUAACAGACUCAUAAGGAUCAUUAAACUGAAUGCGACCCCAUUAAGUGUGUGCUUCUGUAGCCAGAAAGGUGAUUUGUUGGUUGGUAUUGGUAAACAUUUACAUAAGAUAGAACAUCAGAAAUACAUGCCCAGGUCCUACAUGUUGAAAAUGGUAUCUAUGCGUUUUCCUGAAGUUGAAAGCGAAGAUCCUUUACCCUAUGACGGGGAUCUCUUACAUGACAUGAACAGAGAGGAUGUCAAAAGAUUGAAAAAUGCUCAUUCGUCUCUUUACAAGUUUGAUCAUUUUGUUGAUGUGCUGACUGACGAAGAGAAUGAAGAACUGACCAGAGAAAAGAAAGUCAAAGAAAAAGAGUUUGCACUGCUUGCCAAUCGAGAUGACGAAUUGAAACAGAUAAGAGAUGGACUGUUCCCACUGAAAAAGAAACCCAAACCACCACCAAAAGUCAAGGAAGAAGCUUUCAAAAAAUACCUUGAAUUGUUUCCCAAACCUAAGCAAAUAUUUAUUCCAAAAGAUGAUUAUUUUAAUCCCAAUGCAUUUAUGGAUGUCUCGGAUGAACCAGGAGAGCCAUCUUUCAGAGAAUUUUCUCCAAUGGGCUUCUUUCCCAACCCUAAAAACACUAAACUAGAAGAGGAAGAGGUGGAGGAUGAGGACGGAGCAAAGGUUACCAGGAAACGUCCACUUCCUGUCAACCCAUCAGGAUUCAUUCCCAAUUCCGUACUUAUCCGACUUCUCUGGCCUCUCGACCAAACCAGUAAAAUGAAAGCAGAUACGUGGAGACCCCCGGCACUGAGUGAAGAUCAGGUUGCUGAAAUCAAUGCCAGAAAAAGGUCCAGAAGAACACAAAGAAGACAUCAAUGUAGUAGAAAUCAAACUGAAACUAAAUUGAAGGGGGCAGAGGAGCUGGCGGCGGCAUUGGCAGCGGAGGAGGAUGACUAUGACUCGGAGGCUAAAAAGAUAGAGGACAUGGUGGAGAGAGAAGAGAAAGAAAAAUCAGAUCUGGAAUCUGCAUCCAUCAAAUCAACGCCAAAAUCUGGGCUCUUCUCUAAACUAGCUAUUGAUAUAACGCGUACUCCCACUCCAAAGGAGGUAUCAUUUGAUGACUUUGACGAUGAGCCCACACCUCCCCCGACACCUUCUCCCGAGAUUGCCAAGGAGGAAGUGAAAGAACAACCCAAAGCAGUACCCAAACCGAAAGUGGUUAAAAUAAAAAAAACCAUCACUAAGUUUGUCUCGAGGCCUAAACCACCCCUUCCAUCCCCAUCACCUCCACCUCAACCCACACCAUCCCCACCACGUCUGCCGACUCCUUUGCCAGGGUUCAUCUCUCAAUUCAAAGGUGCUGAAUGGUUUGAGAAGUUUUUCCCAAAUGCCGACUCUAACACCUUCCCAAAACCCUGGACGGCAACGGCUUUCUCUGCCAAUCUGUUGAAACUAGAGAAGAUCGCAGACUAUGAAACGAAGACGCAAAUAGCCGAUGCGUUAAUGACCCUUCACAACCAAGAUGGUCUGUCUAAUUCUAAACAUAUUGCAGACACAAUACUUGGAUUAUUGAAUACUAGUAACCCGCCGAAUGCUGGUGAAAGUGACCAAAAAGCAUUUAUUCUGCAUUCUUUAAGACUAUUGGGAUCUCUGGCUGCAGAGAAUGAUGACACCGUGAUUGAAAUGAUGGCACAAUACUUAGAUGGAGAUGAAGAAAUCAGAAAUUAUGUGCGCAAUAUGUUUCUUCAUUUUGGACUUCAGGAUCCUCACAAUUUUUUCUACAAAGAGUUGGACUCAUGGGAACUGUGGAGUCUUGACGAUGCCACUAAUCGCAAAGAAGAACUGAAAGUCAUGGCGAGUAAUUGGAUAGACAAAUGGAUGGAAAUGUUCAAGAGUCAUAUUAGUAGAACUAUAGAGUUACUAAAAAAAGGCAAAGUGUCUGCAAAGAUAUCUAAAGCACCAUCCAGUAGAGUUAAACAGGCAUCACCAUCAAAUUCUAGAGGUAUACUCAAAAAGGAUGGUGAAGACAGUGAUAACAGUGACAAAGGGUCUAUCGAUGGUGGCGAUACUGACAAGAUAUCACCCAGACCUCCAUCACAAACUAAACCUUUAACAGUAACAUUUGAGGCACCACCAGAUCAGUCAACUAUUGAUAACGCAAAACCUAUUGAAGCUAUCAACUACUUUGCUGAAAUGCAAUUAGAAAAACAACUGGAAAAGAUGAGAUCUGGUACAGUGUCUGUCAGCAAAUCAGAAAAAGAAGAACUUGAGAGGAGAAACACCGUCCUAGUCUUGCCAAAGAUCAAACAUAAACCCAGUCUGGUGCGUUUGGGGGAAACCCACACGAGUAAAUGUCGCCCUCAUAGGGAAACAUCACUCGCUGCUAUCGAAUUCAAACUACCAUCGUUGUACCCAGGUAAAAGGAUAGAAUAUGACGGAAUGUACGGCUUUACACCCAAGAUUGAUUUACCCAUGAAAACUGUGGUCAUGAAUCCAUUUCCAAGUGCAGCUGAUUACUACGAAGAGCUGCAUCAACCGAUUUUAUUGACACUCAAAUCCUCUCAGAAGUACUUUGUGCCUGGACAUUCAUACGUCAGACAAGCUGAGAUGAGGUGAAUUGGAAGAAAAAUCCUUGUUUACUAUACGUGAUAGAUUUUGUGGUACAAAAUAUUGUACAUAACAAGAAUGGUUGUGAAUAAUAAAGACAGAAUUAUCUGAAAAUGAAUAUACAAGAAAUUGUAGAUUUUAUUCUCAUUUAUCGUGACAUACAAGUUUGGUCCGUCCUAUUUUUUAGACCUGUGUGUCUUUUGAAAUGUCAUUAAAAAUAGUGUCCACCCAACGUACUUGGUGGUGAGUUUUGUUUAUUUAAUAAUGCAGUGUUGUCAUCUACUAUUAUUUUUUUUCAUUACAUGUAUAAAUAAAUUAUUGCUAAAAAGAAAA